AUGCACAACUUGAACCAAGAUUUUGGCAGGUAUGUGGGGCGGAGAGGUGAAAUGGUGGAGAGAAAUGCCAUGGAGGCCUGUCACCCAGCCACAAUCUCUAAGCAUCUGCAGAAGUAUGGCUGUGUGAACAUUCCUGGGGGUGGGCCAGCACCCAUGAGACUCUCCCUGAUUGGGUCUGAAUGGGUCAAAGCCACAGCGCACUCAGAAACUGAGCUGAGAAUAAAGGGAAUCAUGGAGAAAGUAAACCAGCUGAUCUGACCCAGACGUUUCACCCACAUGACCACCACCACCAGGGCUGCACAUGGCACAGCCACCAUCCUCCAACCUCGAGACACCUAUUGCAGGAGGAAGCAGCUAGAUAUCCUACUGGAGGCAAGGGACCAGUUGGGACACAGGAAGAUGUAUGGUGGGGAUUUCCUGAGGGCCAGGAUGUCCUCCCCAGCCCUGAAGGUAGGCGCUUCAGAAUAGGUGACAGACUUCAACAACAGCACCUACCUUGUCAGCUUCAUUUUGUUUAGGGAGGGCUGGUCUCUGUCUCUCCUGCUCAUCCACCCCAGUGAAGGGGUGUCUGCUCUCUGGAGGGCAAGGAACCAAGACUAUGACCGAAUGAUCUCCACAGGCCAGUUUGACAAUGGCACCUUAGUCUUUGCUCUGUGUGGUCUGAACCUGAACUCGACUGCUCAACUGUGUAAAGACCUGGACUACCAAGACCAAGAGGCCUUCUACUGCAUGAAGCCUCCACAUAUUCCCUGUAGGUAUGACUCACAUGACCACCAGCGAGGGAAAUAUUUGCUGAGAAAGGAAGAACCAAGUCUUUUCCACGGAUCAAACAUGGGGGUUGAAAUGAUAAAGAACUUUACCUACAUUGAAGUCUUACCACAUAAUAAGAGUGAGAACAUAGGAAAAAGUCAGACUGAAACGAAGACUCUUUUCCCCAGUGGUCAUACUGUGAAAAGAAGGUGGAUUACAGCAUUUUGUAAAUAGAGCAAGUUAAACACAAUUAAAAAUGACUGCUUGAAGAGAAAACGUACUUUCCUCAUUGAAGAUUCAACACUGCAUCAAUGGGUUUACUACUUACAAAAAGUGGUGAAAACCUUAAAAUAUUUUGAUCAUCAUGGAAUUGGGGUCUUUAAAACAUGUAUACUUCUGGAUGCCACAAGACAUAUUUUGAUUCAGUGGAAAAAGCAUGGUCCUCCAUGUAUUACCAAACAUCUGUUUGGUAAUGAAAACUAUAUCCCAAGGAAAAUUGAUCGAGCAGCCAGAGACAAUGACACAGCCAUUGUCAUUACCCCUGGCCAGCACCUCAGACCUUCUCCUGUCAAAAUUUUCAUUCACAGGGCCAUUAAUGUUCAAAAGGCCAUUGAAUGUCCACUCUCACAAAGCCCAGAGACCAAGUUGAUCUUAAAACUGAAAAUACCAGAGAUGAUUAGUGAUUUCCAUGGUUGUAUUAAAAAUCUUAUUGUGAAGGAUAUUUUUGUGGAUUUCGAUGUGGGUAUUAUUGAUGUUUGGGAGAGGACUAUUGCAUACGGUGCUAAUAAUGCUCAUCCACCUGAUUAUGUGACUGGAAAUCUUAUUAACAUUUUUUUUUAA